AUGACUUCAGGCCGUAACAGUUUGAUUGGAGUGGCAAUCUCUUUGGCCGGAAAUGUGUUAAUCUCUUUGGCGCUCAAUUGUCAAAAAUUGGCGCAUACAAGGAUGCAAAGGGAAGCACAAGGAUUGGACCCAAACUUUUUAUCAGAUGAAGAAGAAGAAAGCGAAUCACAGCCUCUUCAGAAGAGUUCUCGCUCUCCAUCUUCAUCAGGAAGAGGACAAGAUGUUGGUUAUGGCAGUACAUCCUCCCUUCCAAAGCCAACAAAUGCAAACAAUUCACCGCCAAAAAGUCGACAAAUGUCACGAUCAUCCUCUGUAUCAGCGGGCAGCGGAAAAAGGAAAAGCACAUCUGAAUCAGACGGGGAAAACAACGAACCAAACAGAAAGGAGGUAAAUACUGAAUUUUUACGCAGCAGACUUUGGUGGUUAGGACUUGGGUUGAUGAGUUUAGGUGAAUUUGGCAACUUUUUAUCGUAUGCUUAUGCGCCUGCUUCAUUGGUCGCUCCUUUGGGAGCUGUUGCUUUGUUGUCAAAUGUGAUCAUCGCUCCAAUCCUUCUUAAGGAACGUUUUCGACCUAGCGAUCUUGGAGGAAUUCUUUUGGCAAUCAUUGGUGCGGUAACGGUCGUUUUCAGUUCAAAACAAAGUGAUGCAACUUUGAAUCCCGAUGAAUUACUAAAAGCAGUCUUGCGACCCGAAUUCUUGGCUUAUACUGGAAUUGUCAUCGUCUUUGUGAUAGCACUCGCUUACGUCAGUUCGACAUCACUUGGGGAUCGGUAUAUCCUCUUGGAUCUUGGUGUUUGUGCACUUUUGGGCGGAUUCACCGUUUUGUCCACCAAAGGUCUUUCUUCGUUACUCUCUUUGGGUAAGCCAUGGCAACUUGUUAAAGUUCCAAUUACAUACGGUCUCUUGAUCGUUUUGAUCGGUACAGCACUUGCUCAGAUCACAUACCUCAAUCGAGCUUUGCAAAGGUUCGAUUCAAGGGAAGUUAUUCCAACACAAUUUGUUAUGUUUACAAUUUCCGCUAUCGUUGGAUCGGCAAUCUUGUAUCGAGAAUUCGACAACAUGGAAGCACAUCGACUUAUCAAUUUCUUCUUUGGUUGUCUGACCACUUUUGCAGGGGUCUACAUUCUUACAAGGGCGAAGAAUGAGGAAGGAAAUGGACAUGAAUCAGAUGAAGAAGCCUUGGAAGACGAAGAGGAAGGAGAAGUCGAUGUACGAGAAGACAGUGCAUCUCGUCGUACAAGCUCUGACGCAUUUACAAAACCUGUUGCCGUUCCAAGAACACAUCCAGCUGCAGCGAACAAUGCUAGACGUGGAAAGAGGCGAUUACGCUCCAAACGUUCCAUCGUUGGCUUUUCAGCAGGUUCUGUUCCCACUGUUGCCAUUCAUCGUGCACCCAAUGCUUUCCUUUCUACAAGUUUACAAGAAACAGGUAGCGUUCCUGUCGCUAUUGCACGCCGAUCAAUCUUCAACCCUGCUUUCACGAUCGCAUAUCUGGAUCAAAGUUUGCCUUCAACUCCUAGAAGGAUAAGACCAUCUGGACCAGCAAGCGAAAGACCAACUUAA